CUCGACUUCCGGGUCGACGCGCUCGACUUCCGGCGCGGCGCGGCGACUUCCUGGCUGCGCGCGCAGCUCCCCUUCUCCUCUUCCGGCGCGGCGUCCGUCUCUCGUCUGCGGCAGCCAUGGCAAUCCGCUAUCCAAUGGCCGUUGGCCUCAACAAGGGCCACAAGAUGACCAAGAACGUGGUCAAGCCACGCCACUGCCGACGCCGUGGGCGCCUGACCAAACAUACAAAAUUUGUUCGGGAUAUGAUCCGGGAAGUGUGCGGCUUUGCACCUUAUGAAAGACGCGCCAUGGAAUUGUUGAAAGUCUCCAAAGACAAGCGAGCUCUGAAAUUCAUAAAGAAAAGGGUGAGUGGGGGUGGGGCCAGGGUAAUGGGGAGGGGCCAGGACUUGGGCCCAAUGGAUCCAGUGCAAAGGGAGCUCCCCUUCCUCCGAGCCCCUUACCCAUCUUUCAAGGGCUGGCUGAGAACCCUGCCAGGGCCUCUCCUGAGAUAGGCUGCCCGAAGACCAGUUAAAUGUGGAUCCAGGCCUGUACAGGGCCGGUCCAACCUUUCCUCCCCACCCGACCCCCAAAGCCGCUGUUAGCAACACCCCUGUGGUGCUGAAUCAGUUUCCUUUUUGCCCACAGGUGGGAACUCACAUCCGAGCCAAGAGAAAGCGGGAAGAACUCAGCAAUGUUUUGGCGGCCAUGAGGAAGGCAGCUG